AUGGGCGGCAAGGACGACCGCAAAUCGUCGCGCCCUCAGCGCGGCUUCCCCGUUGACAACCGCAAGAUUGACGAGCUCGACGUCGUCUACUCAGGAUGGAUUCUCAAAAAGAAGCGCAAGAAAAUGCAGGGCUACGCCAAGCGCUUCCUCGUUCUUACCAACGAAGGCAUUCUCACCUAUGCAAUCAGCCCGGAAAAGGCCACCCGCGAUGCCAUCGAGAUUCCUCACGCCUCCGUGACCAGCAGCAUGCGUCAUGGCACCAUCCACGUCGAUUCCGGGGCCAGUGUCUUCCACCUCAAAGCCCUUUCUCCGCAAGACUUUGAGUCGUGGCGAACGCACCUGCGUUCGUUCAUCCCGGAACGUCCGGCGGGAAGUCUGCAGCGCCUGUUUGUCUCCAACGGUUCCGACAUGCAGGCGAUCGAUCUUUCGGAAGUCUGGACUCGCCUCGACCAGACUUCGGCUCUCGUCAAAGAUCUCGCAGAGCGCAGCGGUGCUUUGAAGAACAAGGGCACGUCGGCUACCGACGCCAUCAUGGGUGCGCUGGGCGCCAAGUCGAGCGGCAAGCCCGACGACAUUGCUGCCUUCCACGUCACAGCCGAGAACCUGGUCGCCGAGUUCGAACAGCUCAAAACCGAGAUGGAAUCCAAAAUCCCGCGUGUCGACAACAAUGCGGGAACCAUGCGCUCCAUGUCGGGCACCUCUGACAUCAGUGGCGUCAGCAGCCUGCUCGGCGGUGGCGGCGGUAAUCGCAGCAAACGCAUGUCCACCUCGUCGUUCGCCACCACGGGCACCGACUCGGCCAUCUUUUACGAUGCCGACAGUCACGGCGAGGAGCUCUUCAUGGACGACGACGGCAAAGGCGACGAUGAGGGCAACACCUCUCGCUCCGAGAGCAGCGAUGCCGAGGGCACCGAUUCGGAGGCUGAAGAUUCACAGCAAGAUACCGACGACACGCGAACGCUUUCGGACAGCGGCGGAGGCGGCGGCAAGGCGGUAGAAUACCGAAAGAAGCUGCCCGCCAAAGUAUCCGGCGACGAAGUGUCGCUCUUCAGCAUGCUCAAGAAGAACGUCGGCAAGGAUCUGUCGACCAUCUCAUUUCCCGUGUCUUUCAAUUGCCCUCUUUCGCUGUUGCAAGCCGCAGCUGAAGAGUACGAGUACGCCUCUGACCUGCUAGACCGUGCAGGCAAGUGCGAAGACUGGGUCGAACGAAUCAGCCUGGUUGGCGCCUUUGCUGUCUCGGGAUACGCGAGCACCAAGCUGCGAGCCAGCCGAAAGCCCUUCAACCCGCUCCUCGGUGAGACAUUCGAAUGCGUACGCGAAGACAAGCACUUGAAGUUCCUCGCCGAGAAGGUAGUGCACCAGCCUCCGGUCGUUGCCUUCUACGCCGAGGGAAAGGGUUGGAAAGCGCAGGGAUGGAGUGCGGUCAAGAACAAGUUCUGGGGCAAAUCGCUCGAGCUGAUUCCCGAAGGCUCCAUCCGACUCGAGUUCGGCGACGGCGACGUGUUCUCGAUCCAGAAACCUUCCUCCUUCAUGCGCAACCUGCUCGCGGGCAACAAGUAUCUCGAACAUGUCGGCGAGCUCACCGUGACCAACGAGUCGACCGGUCAACGCGCCGUGAUCGAGUUCAAGGAGGGCACCAUGUGGGGCGGCUCCAACUCCCGCAACGGCGUCGAAGGCAAGGUGUACGACGCAAACGAUUCCACCGUCACCACGCUCAAAGGCAAAUGGUCCGACAACCUCUCACGACAGAAGGACAAGGACAACUACCAGAUGUUGUGGGAAGCCAACGAGAUGCCUCCCUACGCCGAAGACUACUACGGGUUCACCUACUUUGCCAUGUCGCUCAACGAGCUUUCCGACGACUGCAAGGACGUCCUCGCUCCGACCGACUCGAGACUGCGUCCCGAUCAAAAGGCCUUCGAGGAGGGUGACGUGGACAAAGCCGAGCAGCUCAAACACAAGCUCGAGGAGGCCCAGCGAAGUAGGAGGAAGAAGCUCGAGAGUGAGGGUAAGAACUACAUGCCCAAGUGGUUCCACAAGACGGACGAUGCGCCCGAUUGGCAGUAUGGAGGAAGCGAGGGUGGCGAUUACUUCAAGAUGAGGAAAAAGGCCGCUGAGAACGGCAAAGGUGAAGUGUGGAAGGAGGCAGAGGUUCCAAACGUUUUCGAUGUGUGA